AGAUUCGUUAACAACAUGGAAAAGAGAAACCAAACAGCUUUUCCAGGAUUCCUUCUUCUGGGAUUGACAGAUGACCCAGAACUGCAGCCUGUCCUUGCCAGCUUGUUCUUUUCCAUGUACCUGGUCACCAUCCUGGGAAACCUGCUCAUCAUCUUGAUUGCAGGGUCAGACUCCCAUCUGCACACCCCUAUGUACUUAUUUCUCUCCAACCUGUCCUUAAAUGACAUCUGUUUAAGCACAAGCACAAUCCCAAAGAUGCUGCUGAACAUAGAAGAAAACAGUCAGAACAUCACAUACAGAGGCUGCCUCACUCAAAUGAGCUUUGUUUUAAUUUUUGGUGGCAUGGAAAACUGUCUUCUUGCAGUAAUGGCUUAUGACCGUUAUAUGGCUAUUUGUCACCCUUUGAGGUACACAGUCAUCAUGGAACCCUGGUUCUGUGUCCUGCUGAUUUUAUUGUCCCUGCUCAUUAGUGUUGUAGAUUCUUUGAUGCACAGCCUGAUGGUGCUACGAUUGUCAUUCUGCUCAUACCUGGAAAUACCAAGCUUCUUCUGCGAACUUCCCCAGAUCCUCAAAUUGGCCUGUUCUGAUACUCUCAUUGAUAACAUCCUGAUCUAUCUUUCAUCCUGCAUAUUUGUUGGUGUUCCUCUCUCUGGAAUAAUUUUUUCUUAUGUUCACAUCGUGUCCUCUGUUCUGAGAAUGCCAUCAUCAGAAGGAAAGUACAAAGCCUUUUCCACCUGUGGGUCUCACCUGUUGGUAGUGUCCUUGUUCUAUGGGACAGGAUUUGGGGUAUAUAUUGCAUCUGUUAUUAUGAACUCAUCCAGGAAGACUGCAGUGGCUUCUGUAAUGUAUUCUGUUGUCCCUCAAAUGCUGAACCCCUUUAUCUACAGCCUAAGGAACAGGGAAGUGAAAGAAGCCUUGAGGAAAUUCUUCAAUAGGAUAGCUUUUUUUCUAUGA